AUGGGAAAUAAGCCAUCGGUCGAAGAAGUACGCAUCCAGCGAAUAAGGAACCGGCCAACUAAACCACCGCAUCAUCUUCCCCCGGAUGCUUCGCUGAGGCGGCGAUCCCUGGAGGCCCGCUCGCAAUACGGCCAGGCGGGUUCCUUUUCUGGCAACGGAGAUUCUGGGCUCCAGCAAUACAAUGCGGAAUACCCCCUUGGCUCUUGCAUGGGCGUCCCUGGUGGUCCAAAUCAGAGCUUGGCGUACCCAUUCAGAGACGUGUCGCAAUAUCCCUUUACCGCGCAGGAACCUGGUUUGGUGCAGUAUCCCCCUGAAUUUUGUCAAUACGGCCCUCAGCAGAUUCCAUAUCAAUGUGGUGAAGAAUAUGCUCUCACUCCUUUUAGUGACCUUAUGCAGCAGUACGGGUGUUCAUACGCUACUUCUUCUACCACUGCGCUCACUUCUGGUUCUGAUGGUGGGGGUGUUGGAAAUUUGUCGCGCAAUGACCUUGAUUUUCAAGACGAUUCUGGCGGCAGGUUGCGGCGCCGUGUCUCUUUCGCACACAACCAAAAUGUUUCUAGUGGCACCCUAGGCAUUUUGAAAAAAAAGCCAGUUAGUAUUCUGAAUAAGGUGAGUAGUUUCAAGGCCCUGCGGUCUGGGAAAGGGGGCGGUGAUGAUAAGACAAAAAAUAUGGAACCAGUCAGUGAUGCUUCUCCAGUAGGAUCGUUUGCAAAUGCAAAUAACGAGGGUGUGCGAGAAAGUGGUCCUGAGAAAGUGAAAAGUGGCAUGAAUGUGAGAAACACAAGCCCACUGGUGGCGACAGAAACACAUACAGAGGAAAAGCAUAUAGACAAGGCUGGUUCAGUUCUGAAGUCCUCUGAAUUCGAAGAGCAGAGGGCGCGGUCCGGGGCGCAAGGGCAAAUGACCCAAAAGUCCUCCCCCACACCGGUCAAAAACGAUCUGUUCGAUGCCAAGGACCGCAUAUAUUCUCUUGUUGUGAUGGAGCAAUCGCUUGCAUCCCCUUUGUCUGAGGGCCGAUCGCCACUGGUGGAAAGGGAAAGCAACAAGGUAUCUGUUGUGAGCGACAAAGGUGAGACGUUUACUGUAGACGAGAUCGCAUCGCAUGAAAUAGGGUCCACUUCCAUAGCGUCAGUAAAACUGAAAGAGGUAAAGAAUACGUUUGUUUCUGGUUACUGUACAGCCUUGAUAUGCGCAGAAGGGUCCGGACUCUCAAGCAAGGCCCCUUUUAUGCAGUCCCCCUCGUGGUGUGUCAUAAAAAAACUUAUGGGUGACAUUAUCGCGGACGUGGCACUGGAAGCAAAGGAAGAGUCUAAAAAGAUACAGCUUGCCUGUGCAAUCGCUGCGGUUCGGGGGAAGGAGAUAGCAGAUUUACUGAAGCCGGAACCGAAGUUUGAGAACUUGUCUGUGCGUCCCUCCCCGCUCUUCGGCAUGCGGCUAGUCGGCCUAGAAUACCGAAAUAUUCCUGACGAUGACAAGUUCGCCUCCAUGCUCACAGAUGUCACUAAAAACUACGGUACAAAAGCAGGUACAGAGGCUAGUAGUUACAUUGUCCUCUCGGUCAUGCUGAACAAGCGUCUGCUGGGGACAAGGGACGAAGACCGUGAUGUUGUAGCAAAUUCGCUGCUUCUCGUAGCUGCUGGUGAAAGGGUAUCAAAUCUUCAGGGUGUCCUCGAAAAAUCGCCCGAUGAGCCGCUAAUACUUUUUGACGAGUGCAUUUAUGGUGCCUGCCAUACAGUGAGUAUGUACGUAACGCACGAAGGGGAUACGCAGGCAGCUGAGGGUCUCAAGCUGCAGAAAAAGAUUACGGAUUCGAGACAUUUACCACCUCGGUUUGGAAGUGCGCAAGCACUGAACAGGAUCAUAGACGAAGCUGUAGGCAGGGCACAGGCACGUCUUCCUGAGUUAACCAACCAAGCUGAGAAGAUGAACACUGAGAAGUUCAUUGAGAAUCGCAUGGCACUAAAGGCAUCGUUGAAUGAACUGCUUGAAAUGGUACGUACAGCUCCAUAG